AUUCGCAGUCACAAUUGCCAACUCAAACACAUGACCAGAGUUCAUAGUAAAGAGAAAGAGGAUAAGAAACCACUGGAAUGCUCCAUAUGUAGCAAGAGUUUCCCUCGUCUAUCUCACCUUCAGCGACAUCAGCUCAUUCAUAUCAAAGACCGUGAAUGGGGCUGCCCAUUUUGUGAACAGAGUUUUGUUCAGAAAGUGAGUCUUCUUGUCUUUUUUUAUAGACAUAGACCAUGGUUACUCUGUUCACUCGUAUGUGCCACCUACUGUAAUAAUCUAAUUUUUCAGAACACUCACCGUCCACUAAAAUGUAAACAUUGCGGCGAGGUGUUCGACGGUUACGGGAAUUUCAGGGCGCACGAAUUGCGACAACGAGCACAAUCAUUUGAAUGUUCAUGUGGAGCUUCAUUUUCUCGAGCAUCUUUGUUCAGAAUUCAUCGAGAUUCGUGUCGCAAACGGGGAUCAUUUCUGUGCAUUGUAUGCGACCGGUUGUUCACUCAGCGUGUGCAGCUGGACAGACACUGGAAAAAGGAGCAUUUCGUAAGUGCACAAUGUGCUGAAUGUGGUUGGAUUGCGGCUGCACCAUUGCGAAAAGCAGAACAUGCCUUGGAGUUCGUAUGUAAGAAAUCUACGUCUGUUCCAUUAUUUCACGGUCAGAAUCCGACCGUAAACAAUCUGACCAAUUAA